AGGUUGGAUUACCGUUGAAAUAUUUUUCCGAAGACGACGCUUUCUUGCUGGGGAAAGGUUCUAUGGGUACGUUUGUAUAUGCUGGUGUCAUGGAAGAUGGCUGUGAAGUGGCUGUAAAGAGGACGUUGAUACAAUCGAGUGAAAAUCUUGCUGAAAACGAGAAAAAUAUCCUUAGUCUCCUUCAAACUAACAAAUCACCAUUUAUAGUGAGCUAUCAAAGUUUUUUAAAAGACUCUACCUUCAUGUAUUUAAUGGUUGAUCUUUGCGAAGAAACAUUGGAGAAUUAUGUUCAAUCCCAAAGUAUUCAACAUCUGAGAGAGCAUGGUCCAAGGAUGAUUAAAGAAAUCUUACGCGGUCUUGACUUUCUCCAUGAUCAUGGAAUUUUACAUAGAGAUCUCAAACCAGCAAAUAUCCUGGUUGAUGUCGAAGGUCACAUGAGGUUGGCAGACUUUGGAAUAAGUCGUGUUUUGAGUGAAGACGAAACAACAUGUCUAACUGAUGGAAAGGGAACCGAAGGCUGGAUGGCUUCGGAAGUUCUUGAAAGCAGAAAUAGGGGAAGUAAAGGGCGUUUUAAAAAGAAAUCAGACGUUCAAAGUGCAGGAAUGGUUGCUUUCCAUAUUUUAACUCAAGGUGGACAUCCGUUUGGUCGCUCUGUUUUUAGUUGUAUACAGAAUGUUUUGAAAGGAAAUCCAGUUAACUUGGGCAUUCUUGAAGAUCUUGAAUCCAAGCAUUUUGUAUCAUUGUUGAUCCGUCAUAAAAUUGAUGACAGACCCUAUGCCCAUGAAGCAUUGGAGCUUCCUUUCGUAGAUCAGGUACAAAAUUAUGAAGGGCUUCCCAAACCAAAAAUCUCACUACGUAAUUACGAGUUAGAAUAAAACCGUUCAUGUUAGAGCUGUUCUUGACCGGGCAUAUAAUCCUUUCACGGCAACGAGUAAUUAAACAGAAAAGAACAACUGAAAAUGGAAAUUCCUUUAUCCCAGUUUACACUUGCGCUGAACUUCUUAUGGUAUAUGUGAGCGAGUGUAUUAGUCAAGAAUUUUCAUAUGAGGUUAGAAUAUUUAUCCCCGAGCCGGCGGCGCGACGCGCCGUGCGAGGGUACUAAUUCCGCACGGCUAAUUAUACCCGGGUAUGUGAAAACAUAGCGGAGUGCAAAGUUGUCCUCCAUUUUGUUUAUGUCAUGGACGGUUUUCGACGCUAUGCGCAUGCGCGAGUUCAAAAUCUGUCGAAGUAAUUUCAUUUUGAAAGGAGUAUUUUGCUGUUUUACAGCAUUUUUUUGUUUUAAAUUUCGUUAAAAAGUUUACAAAAGUACAACACGGUUUUUUUGUUCUCGAUUUUAACUGGAAAUAAGCCUGCAGUUUCAUGAAUUAGUGGCUGUUCAACCGUGAGACAAAGUUUGUAUAAUAAUUGUUUUGAUGUAUUGAUGUUGAUGUCUUUGAUAAUUUAAUCGUUGUUUUGCCGGUUUGGGUAAGUGUAAACAUUUCAGUAGUAAAAUUCCAUGCCUUACUUGCUUUGUGUUGUCGGUUUUAUUCAUAUCUGCGAAAUUUUUAAGCCAUUCUUAACUCGAUAAUUUACGUUAAUGCAAGCUGGUAAGCACGAAAUUGCAGUGAAUGUUAUCGCUUAUUAUAAAGCUAGCGCUUCAAUUGUUUUUAUGUUUGUUUAUAAUGGUCUUAAUACUUUAUGUGGAGUUUUUAUACUUCAUCAGUUAAGACAGGCGAGGGGUUGCUGCAUGGAUGUAUUUUCUAGUAACUCUUCUAUUCGUUCAUAUGAUCGCAAGAAGUAAAUAGCAACAGAUAUCGCUGCAAAAGUGCAUGUGUAAAUUCACACGAUCGAUUCGAUCUAAGUAUAUCGGAUACACAUUAAAUAAUUUGACCAAUCAGGCACCAGCAUAUAGAUUGAAUGCAUAAUAGUAUUUUUAUAGUUUUAUUUUUGAUAAAGAAUUUUUAAUUGAAAUUCUAGUUUGUGAAUGCAUUGUAAUGUGACGAUUGUAUACAACAACAAGUAUAGCCUUCAC